AUGGUCGUCGUGGCGUGUCCCAACUCGUCGCUCGUAGACGUACAUAUCGAUCCGGAUCGCAUCCCCUCCUCCUCGACCUCCAAGUACGACUAUGCCUCGGCCUACUCUCGCAUUCGUUCUGCAGCACGAACAGCCGGCCCAGGCGUAUCCAGCGUGCUCAUCCUCAGCUCGCCUGAUGUUGACUCGGUCUGCGCCACUCGCAUCCUCACCUCACUACUGCUGCAAGACGACAUUCCACACCGCAUCGUGCCAGUCGAAGGGUACCGGUCGCUGCUCAGCACCCUUUCGACCGUGUUCUCUGCAUCAGACUCAGACGCACAACAGCCAAGCUCGUCCAGCUCGACAGAUGUACGCUCGGUCAUCUUCAUCAACCUUGGCGCCGUGCUCAGUCUGCCGACCACGUUCAACAUUCCAGCCAGCUGCACAAUUCAUGUCAUCGACUCGCACCGUCCAUGGAAUCUGGAGAACCUCUUUGCGACGAGUCAUGCCAACGAUAGAGUCUGGUGCUGGGACGACGGCGAGAUUGCCACCAAGCUGUGCAGGCAGGGAGGCGAGAGGGAUGCGUUUGAAAAGCUCGAAUUUGACGUCGAGUCAGAUUCAGAGGAAGACUCGGACGACGACGACGACGACGCCGACAGUGCAGCCGACUCUGCUCACAGCGACGACCACGACGAUGACGACGAGGAUGGGCCAGCUGGCAAGCGCAAACGCUCGUCUCGCUCUCGCUCCCACGACAGCACCAAGAGGCGGCAUCGUCAACGGUCUCCCACCUCAUCCAGCGCGCGGCUCACCAACGCAGAACGCCAUCGAUACCGGAAUGUUCUCACGCGCUAUUACAACCGAGGCGAGAGCUUCGGCAUGUCAGUCUCUUCGAUGCUCUAUCUCCUCUGUGAAUCGCUGGGUCGAGCGGACCGCGAAUCCCUCUGGCUCGCCAUAAUCGGCCUCACCUCGCUCUAUCUCUCGAACAGCAUCGACUUCGAAACCUACGAGACCUACUCGUCCGCCUACGCUUCGGAAGUCAUCGCCAUCGAGCCCACCUCGUCCAACGCUCCCACCGAAGCGUGGUCGCUCGACCUGCUCUCCAAGGACCCAGACUCGGAAGAAGCCGCCACGAGCCGAUCCACCGCAGCCUCUCGCGCCCAGAACCGAACGCUGCGCUCCGUCAUUUCAAAAAACACCAAAUCCGAAGAUGCCGAUGACCGCUCCAUCCGCAUCAUUCCGUCCGAGCUACGCUUCACUCUGUACCGGCACUGGAGCCUCGAGACGGCCAUGUACCACACAGCGUACGUUGCCGCCAAGCUGGGCGUGUGGCGCGAGCGCGGCUUGUCCAAGUUGCGUGGACUGAUGGCCAAGAUGGGCUUCUCCCUCACCGCUGUGCGUCAGAACUACACGCACAUGCCGCUUGACCUGCGUCGCAGCCUGGUGCGCAAACUCGAGGGUAUCGCGCCUGAGUACGGUCUCACCGAAUUAACCUACCGUGGGUUCGAGCGCAGUUUCGGGUUCCGCACCGCCCCCUUGGGAGCAGCGGACGUGGUGGAGGGCGUCUCGGCUCUGCUCGUCGCGGCACAUGGGGUCAAGAUCGAAGUCGAAACGCCAGGAAUGGUGUUCGCCUCUGCCAGCUCCGGCGGUGGUGCGCCACUAGGCAACAGCUACGCAGCCAAUCUCAACCCUGCCAAUCCCAAUGCGCAGACUUCAGAACUGUUCGCCACCAAACGCGUCUGGUCGCUCGGGACCACUCUCACAGACAGCAUCACAUCCGCCAUCGCCGCCACUACCUCCGCUGGCAGCGGCAAGGACCAAGCGGGUGCCAAUGCCGGAUUGGAUCUGGACGCGAUCGCCUCGCAGGCCGGGGCAUCCGCCGAGGACAUUGCCGCCCUCGAAUCCGCAGAGAGGCAGGUAUGGAUCGCCAACUUCUACGAGGCCUACCGCGCGCUCGACUUUAGUCGCUCCACGUCGGUCGAUCUGCUCCGCUCGUCGCUGCUACUCAGCCAGGCACUGCACCGCAAGAUCGUCGCCCGCGGUAUCGGACUCAUUACAAAUCAGAGCAUUCGUACGCUCAAAAACUUCCGCCUGGCCAUCCUCAAGGACGGCUCCGACCUGGAGCUCUUUGCCAACGUCGAGGUGCUCGCCCGCCUCGCAAACUGGCUCACCACCUCGCUACGCGACAUCAUUGUCGAGCAGCAGACCCAGGCGGCUGCUAAGAAGAAGGGCGGCAACAACGCUGCAGCGUACGCGCCCCUACCGUUCAUCCUAGCCGCCCUACACCCGGCCAAGGACAGCUUCCUGGUGCUGGGCUCCACAGGCAGCGCGGUCCACGGCAUGGUCGAGAACAACCACUUCACCGCCGCCUUUCAGCACGCGGCCAAAAUGAGCGGCGCGCGAGUCCGACACGAUCGCUUUCAGACGUUCAGCAUUCAGGUGAGAAAGAGCGAUCUGGCGGGCUUUGUCGAGAAGGUUCACUUGAAGAUCAAGUAA